AUGUUUCGCAGUGAUUUGAUAAUCAGAAUUACCGAAGGAUUAAUCUAUGUUUUAAUUUCUUACUAUGCAAUUGUUAUUUGUUCGAAUAACAGGAAGAAAGGCAAGGAUAAGAGAACAGGCAAUACGACGUCAUCGGAUUCGAACACCAGCGGCAAUCCGUUUCCAGGUGAUGCGCCAUCGACAUUGUGGCCGUCUCGACAACAGCCGAUUGAGCAUAAGGAUACUAAUACUAGUAAUCGAACAAUUCCAUCGUCGCCGUCGACUUCGAAAAAAUCUGGAACAAUGAGCAUCCCAAAAAACGACGAAAUUCAAUCAGUUCAAAAAAUAAAGCCAAAAACGAAAUCAAUAUCAUAUCGCGAUCCGCUAUCUCAAAAUACCGUUCAAUCCAAGGACCAAGAUACUGAGAAUCUGACGUUUGAGAAUCAGGAUGAUGAUAUCAACUCGCAUUGUCUAUGA